AUGGUGAUGAGACACACCGAACGCUUGGAUGAAUUCUUCCCGGACUGGAUCUCGAAGAACAUGAAUCACCCAUACAGGCCGUUCGACUUGAACAUGCCCAUGGCUUUACCAAUACAACGUCCCCCGCAAGCAUACCAGAGCGAUCCACCCAUCACUAACACUGGCGACAUUCUUGCUCGACUCAUUGCCCGAGGGAUAGUAGAACCCGGAUUAUUCGAAAGCUUCAACAAUUAUCCGAUGGGCCUGCCAGGAAUUUGCACGCAACAACGAGCUCAGUUUAAUGUUGAUGAGAAUUACACGCCUCAUACUAAACUUGAAGAUUUGACGUGCUGCAAAAAUGAGACAAACGAUGAUUACAAUACCCGCGUUCGCCACUCACUGAUUCGCAUCUCUAAAAUCCACGAAAUUAGUUCUUCGAAAAAGGAUCAGCUUAUACUGAUUGUUGGCCACGCUCAAACUGUUGACAUUGCUGCCGGAACCUUCGCAAAGAAAUUACGACAUUCAAGUGAAGUCGACUUGUGCUGGGACCAAGUAAAGAUACCGUAUGGAGGCCUCCUUGUCUUGGAACGAAUAGAGGGACGGAAAGGAUGGACACCGAAUCUUUACGCAAUCCCACCUGUGAACUACAGGAAUGUCACCACACAGUUCGACACCGGCUUUGUACUGAGAGAAGGUGAAAAACACUAUGAAAAGCGCGAACAGUCGGCAGCAGCCAAGUGA